AACAUGGCGCAGUCGGUUAACAUCACCGAGCUAAAUCUGCCGCAGCUAGAAAUGCUCAAGAACCAACUGGACCAGGAAGUGGAGUUCUUGUCUACGUCCAUUGCCCAGCUCAAGGUGGUUCAGACCAAGUAUGUGGAAGCCAAGGACUGUCUGAACGUGCUGAAGAAAAACAACGAGGGGAAAGAAUUACUUGCCCCACUGGCGAGUUCUAUGUAUGUCCCUGGGAAGCUACACGAUGUGGAACAUGUGCUUAUCGAUGUGGGAACUGGUUACUAUGUAGAGAAGACAGCUGAGGAUGCCAAGGACUUCUUCAAGAGGAAGAUAGACUUCCUUACCAAGCAAGUGGAAAAAAUCCAGCCAGCUCUGCAGGAGAAGCAUGCCAUGAAACAGGCUGUCGUAGAGAUGAUGAGCCAGAAGAUUCAGCAGCUCACAACCCUGGGAGCAGCUCAGGCUACCGCCGAGGCCUGA